UCGGUCUGACCGAAUGAAUUUAGUGAGUGCAGUAGGCCUGGGCCUCUAACCUUUAAAAGAUAACAAAACAUAAGAUAUAACUGGUUUGACGGAGCGUUAGAUUUCAUUAAUAUUAAUUGAUGUGAACGUGGAAGUGUGCCAUUUUCAAUUGGCUAGAAGAUCUAGAAAAUCUAGAUCUAAUCUAGAUCUAGAUCUAGAUCUAGAUCUAUAGUAUAUAUAGGCCUACUACUAUAGACUAUACUAUAGUCUAGUCUAUAGUCUAUAGUGUUUGAGUUUGGGAUCUUGAAUUGGAAGACCCCUGGAACCUGAAAAAGAGGAGAAAGGCCAGGCUCCUCAGGUCAGGUUUUCGCUGUAACAGCAUGCUGUCCUUCUCAGUUGCUCCCUUGUGCAAACAAUCCUGUUUCUCUUCGCCUCCAUCAAGAUGCUUGAAAUCGAUGUUCAGUGUGUGGAGCCGUGUAAGUUGUUUAGGACCCCGAAGAAUGCUUCCUCAUAAUCCAUGUUUGCCUGCAACUAAUGGCAGACAUUGUAGACAUGCAUCCAUAAUGUUUGUAUCUGGGUCCCAUUUUGAACAAUCGAAACAAGUGAGAAUUCGUGCGAUUGUUGUUCCGCCUAAAAAAUCAGGAAUAGUGUUUGGAACUGAUCUAGAUCAUGUGCAGGUUAAAAUCCCUUCCCUGAUCGGUUGGCAGCUGUUACGUUGCUUUUCUUCAUCUAGAUCUACGACGAGGAGCUCGUUGGGUGAUUCUGCCGAUGACUGCUCUUCCCUGGCAAGUGAAGUCGUUCAUACCACAAGGACCAUUGAUGUGAUGGUUGACUCCAUUCCUGAGCAGGAUGUAAUCAAAUUUGUUUCUGAAUUAUCUAGGCUUGGAUGUACGGAUGUGGAGAUUAGGAGGCUUUUAGGAGGCAGGCUGUGGUUGCUGCGGGAUCGCGAUGCUGUCAUGAGUGCUGUUCGGCUUUUGAAACAGCAUGGACUGGGGCAAUCCGUCUCUCUGAAGCUGUUGGAGAAUCUUCCAGCUUUAUAUUGGGAGGACAGGAGUGCUGUGAGAAAUCUUCCUGUUCUCCUAAACGCAUCCAUAACUCAGCUGAGGACUUUGGGAAUUUUUUCUGAGAAACGGAUGGUAAAAUUGUUGAAGAAGGAUCCUGCUUUGCUGCUACUCUUAUCCGGUUCAAGCUCGGCGUCCAUUCUCGAAAAGUUUGCAAAACUGAAAGGACUUUUCACCGUUUCCGACGUUCGAUCCAUUGUGGAGAAAUGUCCAAAUGUUUUGACAGACGACUGGGCGGACACGAGGGAAAAGUUUGACUACGCUUUCUUCACCAUGGGCUACCACCAGGAUCACAUUGCCAGGUCUCGUCUGUUCUCGCACCCUCUGGAGCACAUACAGGACAGGCAUCUGUUCCUCAGUCGAGCAGGAUUUUUCCUUACUGUGAAGAAAAAAGUCGAUCCUAAACUAAACCCUAACCCUUGCCUGCGGGAAGUGGUGGAUGCGCAUGAUGAAGAUUUUGUGAGUCUGUGUACCGGCGGCAAGGUGGGGCUGGAACACUACGCAGUUUUUCCUGUGAUGAGACAAGUGGAGAGGGAGGAAGGAGACGGGAGAGACCACCUUGAUUCGUCUGACAGUGAUGAUGAGAGAGAGUGGGGACAAUAAUAAUUACGGCCAUUUUCAUGUCGAUAUGUGCCUCGGAACUUGAGGAGAAAAAUGCCACUUAUCUGUCCCCAUUGGAUUAUGGGAUUGUGCGGCCCUUUUUUUUGCGUAAUUCUGCAACAUUUGCAUAAUUUUGGAUUCCCUGCGUUUUUUUCCUGUUUUUUU